AAGGGCGAAAACUAUGAGAAUCCAAUUGAUUAAUUACUGAAUCUAGACAACACACAAUAAGAUAGAAGAAAAAUGUGCAGCCUGGAGAAGCGCGGUAACGUGUGGGUACUGAGCAUCGCCGGCGACGGCCAAAACCGGCUGAGUCCAACCCUAAUCGAUUCCCUCCUCUCAGCCCUAACCCGCCUCACCACCCAAGCCACUCCGGGGUCCGUCCUCCUCACCACCGCCCACGGCAAGUUCUUCUCCAACGGCUUCGACCUCGCCUGGGCCCAAUCCGCCGCCUCCCCCUCCGCCGCCCUCCUUCGCCUAGAGUCCAUGGUCGCCUCCCUCAAGCCCGUCGUCGCCGCCCUCAUCGCCCUCCCCAUGCCCACCAUCGCCGCCGUCAACGGCCACGCCUCCGCCGCCGGCCUCUUGCUCGCGCUCAGCCACGACUACGUCCUCAUGAGGAGCGAUUACGGCGUGCUCUACAUGCCGGAGGUCAACAUCGGCCUGCCCAUGCCGGACUACUUCGCCGCCGUCAUGAGGUCCAAGAUCAGGUCGGCCGCGGCGCUGCGAGACCUGAUGCUGGGCGGCGCCAAGGUGAGGGCGGCGGAGGCGGUGAAGAUGGGGAUGGUGGAGUCGGCGCACGAUAGCGCGGAGAGCACGGUGGAGGCUGCGAUGCGCCUGGGGGAACGAUUGGCGCAGAGGAAGUGGUUGGGUGAGGUUUACGCUGAGAUAAGGAAGAGUUUGUAUCCAGAUGCGUGUAUCGUUCUGGGAUUGACUCAGAAACCCAUCGUUUCCAAGAUCUGAAUCUCUAUCUCAUUUGUAAGCUUUUUUUUUUUUUUUUUUCUCUUUGAUUCAAUACAAUAAGAAUGAUUUUAGUAUUA